AUGGGUUGCAGCGAAUCAGCGAGGAUUGCUUCAUUGGAAGAAGACAAUAAAAAGCUUAAAAACGAGAUUAGCAACUUAAAAGCAAAUUCAAGCGGUGGGACAUCAGGGACAAAAGCUCUCCAAAAGCAACUUAAGGAUAUGCAAGAAAUGAUUGAGAAAUUAGAAAAAGUUCUAAAGGAAAAAGACGAUGAGAUUGACCAUCUGAAGAGUCACCAUCAUAAUCAUUAA